AUGGGUUUGAAACAAUCCAUCACAAACCAGGUGGCCCUGAACCUACAUCUGGACCUCACCCAGAAGGUGAACCCAGCUGUGUGUCCAGACAAACAGGACAGCUCAGAAGUUUUCAAUUCUCUGCCUGCCCAGCAACAUCAAACUGAAGUGAACUCCAUAUUUAAGCUGUUGGAGGACAAAAUAAUAACUUUUGUGAAGAAUGAGCUAAAGAAGGCACAGAAUGAACUCAAUCCAGAUUACCCCCAAUCAUCAGAGAGUCAGACAGAUGAUGAUGAGGUGUUGGACAGUGAGGAUGAGGAGCAGAGGAGAAGCAGUAGAGAGGCAUUUCUGAAGAUCACAGUUAACUUUCUGCAGAAAAUGAAACAGGAACAGCUGGCUGCUCGUCUGCUGAGCAAAUACUCUGGUCCAGAUUGUGAAUUAAAAUUUAAAUGUAGCCUAAAAAAGAAGUUCCAGUGUGUGUUUGAGGGGAUUGCUAAACCAGGAAACCCGGCCAUUCUGAAUCAGAUCUACACAGAGCUCUACAUCAUAGAGGGAGGAGCUGGAGACGUCGAUAAUGACCAUGAAGUCAGACAGAUUGAAACAUUUUGCAGGAAACCAGAAACAACAAUCAGAUGUGAAGACAUCUUUAAAACCUCAGCCGAGGGGGGAGAGAAACCAAUCAGAACAGUUCUGACAAAAGGAGUGGCUGGCAUCGGGAAAACAUUCCUGACACAAAAGUUCACUUUGGACUGGGCUGAAGACAAAACCAACCAGGACAUCCAGUUCAUUUUUCCAUUCAUUUUCAGAGAGCUGAAUUUACUGAAGGAUAAAAAGUUCAGCUUAGUGGGACUUAUUCAUCACUUCUUUACUGAAAUCAAAGAAGCAGGAAUCUGUAACUUUAAAAAGUUCAAAGUCAUGUUUAUUUUCGAUGGUCUGGAUGAGUGUCGACUUCCUCUGAACUUCCAUGUCACUGAGAACUUGACUGAUGUUACAGAGUCCACAUCAGUGGAUGUGCUGCUGACAAACCUUAUCAGGGGGAAUCUUCUUCCUUCUGCUCACAUCUGGAUAACCACACGACCUGCAGCAGCCAAUCAGAUACCUGCUGAAUGUGUGGACAUGGUGACAGAAGUCAGAGGGUUCACUAAUCCAAAGAAAGAAGAGUACUUCAGGAAGAAAUUCACAGAUGAGAAGCAAGCCAACAGCAUAAUCUCCCACAUCAUCACAUCAAGAAGCCUUCACAUCAUGUGUCACAUCCCAAUCUUCUGCUGGAUCACCUCCACAGUUCUGGAGAGUGUGUUGAAAACCAGAAAACCAGAACUGCCAAAGGCCCUGACUGAAAUGUACAUUCACUUCCUGGUGGUUCAGACCAAAGUGAAGAACAUUAAAUAUGAUGGAGGAGCUGACACAGACCCUCUCUGGAGCCAAGAGAACAAAAAGAUGAUUGAAAAACUGGGGAAACUGGCUUUUGAGCAGCUGCAGAAGGGCAACCUGAUCUUCUAUGAAUCAGAACUGACAGAGUGUGGGAUUAAUAUCCAAAUGGCUUCAAUGUACUCUGGAAUGUUCACGCAGAUCUUUAAAGAAGAAAAGGGGCUCUAUCAAGAUAAGAUGUUUUGUUUUGUCCAUUUGAGUAUUCAAGAGUUUCUGGCAGCUCUUCAUGUCCAUCUGACAUUCACCAACUCUGGUAUCAACCUGCUGGAAGAAAAAAAAACAACCUCAGUGCAGACUGACGAGUCUUCAGUAAGACAGUUCUACCAGAGUGUUGUGGACAAGGCCUUAAAAAGUCCAAAUGGACACUUGGACUUGUUUCUUCGCUUCCUCCUGGGUCUUUCACUGCAGACCAAUCAGAGUCUCCUACAAGGCCUCCUGACACUGAAAAGAAACAGCUCACAGAGCAAUCAUGAAACAGUCCAGUACAUAAAAAAUAAACUGAAUGAGAAGCUCUCUUCUGAAAAAAUCAUCAAUCUGUUCCACUGUCUGAAUGAACUGAAGGAUGACUCUCUAGUGAAGGAGAUCCAACGCCAUCUGAGUUCAGGAAGCCUGUCCAUAGUUGAUCUUUCUCCUUCCCAGUGGUCAGCUCUGGUCUUUGUCCUGCUGUCAUCAGAAGAAGAGCUGGAUGUGUUUGAUCUGAAGGAAUACUCAGCUUCAGAGGAAGCUUUUUUGAGGCUGUUGCCAGUGGUCAAAGCCUCCAAGAAAGUUCUGCUUAGCGGAUGUAACCUCACAGAGAAAAGCUGUGAAGCUCUAUCAUCAGUUCUCAGAUCCCAGUCCUCUAGACUGAGAGAGCUGGACAUGAGUAACAACAACAUUCAGGACUCAGGAGUGGAGUUGUUGUGUGUUGGUCUUGAAAGUCCACACUGCACACUUCAAACCCUCAGGUUAAAUCAACUUACUCUUUGUUUAAGAUUUGGCAUUUCAAUAAUUAAAAUAAUCUUUGUUUUAAAUGACAAACAAACAAAUUAAAUGUAGUUCACUCAGACUGUGUGCCAUGCAUUGUAUUAUGUUUGCAGGCUUUCAGGCUGUCUGAUCACAGAGAAAGGCUGCGCUUUCCUCAAUUCAGCUCUGAGUUCUAACCCCUCCCAGCUGAGACAGCUGGACCUGAGCUACAAUCAUCUAGGAGACUCAGAAAUGAAGCUGCUGUCGACUCGACUGCAGGAUCCACAGUGGAAACUGGAAACCCUCAGGAUGGAGCCUUGUGGAGUACAAUGGCUGAAACCAGGUUUAAGGAAAUAUUUCUGUGAACUAAACCUGAAUCUAAACACAAUAUAUAGAAAACUCAAACUGUCUGACAACAACAGGAAGGUGGUGCAUGUAGAAGAGGACCAGCAGUAUGUUGAUAAUGAUGACAGAUUUGAUCAAUGGCCUCAGCUGCUGUGUACCAACACUCUGACGGGUCUCUGUUACUGGGAGGUUGAGUGGAGUGGAGAGGUUCAUAUUGCAGUGGCUUACAAAGGAAUAAAACGGAAAGGAAACGGUGAUGACAGCAGGUUUGGCAAAACUGAUCAGUCCUGGUCUUUGUACUGUGAUGAGGGCGAAUACUUUGCAACUCACAACUACAAUUCAAGAGCCAUCCCUGUCUCCUCUGCCUCUGCCUGUCACAAAGUAGCAGUGUAUGUGGACUGUCCUAUGGGCACCGUGUCCUUCUAUAACAUAAUCUCUGGCACACUGGUCCACCUCCACACCUUCAACACCACAUUCACUGAACCUGUAUACCCUGGGUUUAGAGUUAGGUUACGUGACUCUCAUAUCUACAUCUGUGCUGACUCAGAAAACUGA